AGCGCCCACCUCUAACCUCUUAUUAUACCCGGCAGAUCAAGUUCAUGGAACAGUUUGGCUACGUCCAAAAGAGUGACAAUGUUUCCGGAGCGCUCUACACGGAACAGUCUCUCGAGGAAUAUAUCAUGAAACUGCAGAAGUUCGGCAACAUUCCCCAAACUGGAGUUGUCGAUAAUGCCACUUUGGAGCUGAUAGCCACCCCUCGCUGCGGCCGCCCUGAUCUAGAGACCAGCGUCCCGAAGGACUCCGAGGACCACAGGGAACCCCAUGAACACAUCCGGCGCAAGCGAUACAUUGUAGGGGGACUUGGCUGGGAGAAGAGACGAUUAACUUACCACUUGGCCAACUGGUCUCCACAGCUAAAGUCGAAGGAGAAUGUGCAGAAGGAGUUACGGAAGGCCUUCGACGCCUGGAGUGUCUACUCCCAUCUACAGUUCUCAGAGGUCGACACGGGUGACGCCGACAUUAUCAUCUACUUCGCCAGUUACGAUCACUAUGAUGGGUAAGGCGAGCUCUGUACUCA